AUAGAGAAGCACCUUCCAGAAGCUGCUGUGUCAGAAAAUGUAAGAUGUGUUUGAACAUGAAAGGCAGCAGAGAGCGGAGAGAGGAAUAAAACCUGUCUGAAGUCGAUUUAAAAUGCAGCGAUAGAGGUUGAUCGGGCUCGAGAGAUGGCUCCCGCUGACAGGCUGAAGGUGCUCCUCUUCCUGGCGCUGUUCUUCGGAGCGUUGGGAUUUCUGUUCACGCUGCUCUCCUGCGGGACCGAGUACUGGCUGCUGGCCGUCGAGUCCUGCAGCCGGCCGGCGGAGGGCCACGCAGGAGGAGGAGGAGGAGGAUUUGGGGAGGCUGUAGAAAGCGUGAGGAUCUUCCACGAGGGGCUGUUCUGGCGCUGCUCCUACACGGCCGCCUCCACUGAAUACUCUCUGUGGGACCUCUGGAUCUCAAGACAGCCACCGCCGAAGCUCUGCCAGGCCGCCCUCCUCUUCCCGUUUCCUGUCAAUGAUCCGGUGCGAUCGUUGGUGGAGCCGCGUGGUUUACAAACAGAGGUGUAUGAACACAACUCUGCCAUCGUGUAUAGAACCUUCUGGAGCUUCUUCCUCAUCGCAGGCUUGGUGGCCAUCGUCGUCGGGGGAUGCGUGGUCGCCUGCGCUAGCCCACUGGCCAAUCACAAGCUCUUUAAAGUGGGUGGGGCCCUUCAGCUUUGUGGCGGUCUGUGCCUGCUGGCAGUGGUGCUGAUGUAUCUGAUGUGGAUCCUGGUCUUGGACACUCUGGAGCAGUUUGCCCAGCAGCAGAGGGUCUCCGGUUGCCCCUCCUACCACCUCAGCAUCCACCACGGCCCCUCAUUCCUCAUGGCUCCGGUCGCCGUCUUCUUCUGCCUGCUGGCCGGCCUGCUGUUCAUCCUCGGCGGCCGGACCGCUCAGGGGAUACAGCUGGAAAAACGAGACAUGAUUCCUGAACUUCCCAUGUCUGAUGUCUGACUGUUUCUCGACAAGGUUACCACUGAACCGAGGAUGGAGAUUGUAUUAGAGACAAAAACCACAGCUGACUAAAUGUGUUCAGGUCCUGCUUAAAUGUUCGUUUUAAGGAUCGAGAGCCUUCUUUCCUCAUCUUCAGACUUCAGAGUUAGCUCCUGGUUUUAUAGGAAACGGUACAAGCACGUAGAAAAAAGUAAAUAUGUACCAAAAUAAAAUGAACAUGGAGACUGUCCAUUAUUCUGAAACCCUUCCACGCAAAUCGGGUUGUCAGAUAAAAUGGACUUUCGCUGCAAAGGGACAUUUUCCAGAAUAAAAAUGGCAUGGCCCCCCGUACGUACCCUGAAUAUCAGCUUAUAAAAGUCGCACAUUAGAAGUCUUUGUAUUGUUUAAGAUGCUGCUCAAAGUAUGUUUGUUUUUAUAUGAGGGGCGGCGACUGGUAUUUCAAAUAAAAAAAGCAAAAAACAACUUGUGGAUGGUUUGGAUCAUUUGCCACAACAGCGAUGACGCGACAUCUCGCACAUCAGCACCGUACAGCACUUCUUCUUCUUCUUGUUACAUGACUUGGAGUAUUUUUACAACAUGGAUUUAUUACUUCUGCUAACUGGUUUCUACUAUUACUGCAUAGGCCCCAAGCUCAAAGUAGGAUGUCAUGAUCCUGGGUUUUAUUGUUUAAUUUCUUGCUUUUCAGUUUUCUCCUGUGUGUGUGUCCCUCAUCACCUCACCUGUCCUCUUCCCUCCUCACUCACCUCACCUGUCCUCUUCCCUCCUCACUCACCUCACCUGUUCCUGAUCCUCUCGUCAGCUUCGCUGUGUAUAAAGUCUUUGUUCUCGCUCGCGCUCUGCUUUUCCCAUGUUGCCACCCAGCACUCUGCUCCAGUGUCUCCUCAUGUCUCGCCCUCUUAUCUUUCUGGUUUCUCUUGUUCUUCAUUAAUUUUUGUACUUUGUCUUUGUUGCACUUUGUUUAGCUUUUUGAUACUUUGGUUUUUGUCCUUUUGACCUGUUUUUGUUUUUUUUUCCUGGCUCCCUUGGUCGUUUGGUUUUGUUUGUACUUCAGCUUUUGUUAAUAAAGCGUUUUGUUCUUCUA